GUGGAGAGACCGAUUUGCCCUCUAGCUGCACAAAGGUAGCAGGCCGAGAGUGUGAUAAGCGAUCAGCUAAUUCCCUGACAGUCUGGUUCAUAUAGGCUACGUUUGGAAACUGCACAUUUGAAACUUAGAACAUUUAUCGUUGGUUUAUUAUUUUAAUCAUGGUUUUCAUAAUAAUUUGUUUAAGUCUAUUCGUAGCAUCGUUUUCAGUUGAAGCGCGAGUUACCAAAAGAUAUAUAAUCGGGUGCCCUGACCGUUGCGAUAAGACAAUGUGUCCGACCGUAUCAAAGGAGUGUUCAACGGGACAAGUUCUGGACCAGUGUAACUGCUGUCCCGUGUGCGCCUCUGGAGAGGGCGAAGCAUGUGGCGGCAUCGGGAAGUUAGGAGACCCGGUGUGCGGUGAGGGACUAGAGUGCGCUGUGGCGACUGGGGUAGGGUACACCGCGACGGUCCGGAGAAGAGGCAAAGCUGGAUCUUGUGUAUGCAAAACCACGGAGCCCGUCUGUGGAAGCGAUGGAGUGUCCUACCGGAAUAUCUGCGAACUCAAGCGAGUCAGUAGUCGGGCGCAGAAACUUCAGCAGCCGCCAGUCCUUUUCAUCCAGCGUGGAGCUUGCGGAAAGUCCCAAGACAACCCAAACAGCCUAAGGCACAAGUACAACUUUAUUGCUGAUGUUGUGGAGAAGAUCGCCCCAGCCGUGGUCCAUAUUGAACUCUAUCGCAAAAUGGUGUACUCUAAGCGCGAGAUGGCAGUGGCGAGUGGAUCGGGCUUUAUUGUGUCUGAGGAUGGGCUGAUUGUGACCAAUGCUCAUGUGGUAGCCAAUAAGCACCGUGUGAAGGUGGAGCUGAAGAACGGCGACACGUUCGACGCCAAGAUCAAAGACGUGGACGAGAAAGCCGACAUUGCCCUCAUUAAGAUCGACCCACCGAAAAAGCUGCCAGUGUUGUUGCUGGGGCGAUCGGCUGACCUGAGACCAGGAGAAUUCGUUGUUGCCAUUGGCAGCCCAUUUUCCCUUCAAAACACCGUUACCACGGGGAUUGUCAGUACCACUCAAAGAGGCGGCAAAGAAUUGGGCCUUCGGAACUCUGACAUGGACUACAUUCAAACUGAUGCUAUUAUUAAUUAUGGCAACUCAGGAGGACCUCUGGUCAAUCUGGACGGAGAGGUGAUUGGGAUCAACACUCUGAAAGUGACAGCUGGGAUUUCCUUUGCCAUCCCCUCUGACAAGAUUCGCCAGUUUCUUGCAGAAUCUUAUGACAGGCAAGCCAGAGGCAGAGGAACGGCAAAGAAUAGAUACAUUGGAGUGAGAAUGAUGACACUAACUCCAGCCUUGGCCAAGGAGCUCAAAGGACGACAGCGAGACUUCCCUGACAUCACUUCCGGGGCGUACGUCAUGGAGGUCAUCUCCAAGACACCAGCUGCAGUUGGUGGAUUGAAAGAGCAUGAUGUCAUCAUCUCAAUUAACAGCCAUCGGAUCUCAACCGCCACUGAUGUCAGCAGCGCCAUCAAGAGGGACACCACGUUACGUAUGGUUGUGCGCCGUGGUAAUGAGGAUGUCAUCCUCACAAUCAUUCCCAUGGAGAUUGACCCUUGACCUCAGCUCUAAUGACCCUGGCGAUCAAUAGUGUCGCCGCAGCCAUGAACUUAAACAGUAAAACUGGUUGUGUCUGAGACCACACCCUAUGGAGGCUAUGUGGCCAAUACACUCUUGCCUCCAAUAUGACUGGCUUGUAUAUGCUCCGCCUCCGCCUGUAAGUGGUAGAUUGUACCUGGCACCUAUGGGGCUGCGUUUUAAGUAUUGUCUCUGAUACAUUGGAUCACUUUUUUAAUUUUGUGUGCAUUAAUAAAAUUUACUACUGUUUGCUGUCAAACACAAGCCAUUUGACCUGUGUUUAAGGAUUUUGUUAUUGUUACUGUUUUUUUUAUAAGUGAGUUCUCUACUAUUGCUCAAAAAGACCCAGCCAAACAAAAAUAAAGUGCUCUAGAGGAAUAUAAAAAAAAAAUGAGCACUGAAUAGCAGUUUUGUACUUUUUUGUAAAAAAAAAUAGUUAAUGUGCCUUUGUUCUUUAACAGUUGUUAUUUACACAGAACACAAUAAAAGAUUUUUAAUAGUGUC